UCUUAGUCAUUCAAUAUUCAAUGACAAAAUAGCCUAAAAAGCAUGCAAGACAUCUUAGUAAGGCAUAGGUGAUCCUAAAUCUUGAACACUAGCCAUCAUGAUUUCCUUAGCCGAUGCCUAUCAUGUAGUGGCAGCCACUGUCCCAUUAUAUGUGACCAUGAUACUUGCCUACGUUUCUGUGAAAUGGUGGAAGAUCUUCUCACCAGAUCAAUGUUCAGGCAUAAACAAAUUUGUGGCGAAGUUCUCUAUCCCACUCUUGUCAUUUCAAAUCAUUUCCUCUAACAACAUCUACAAAAUGAGCCUCAAACUCAUGUAUGCCGACUUUGUUCAGAAACUGCUUGCAUUUCUGGUCCUAAUAGCAAUCACUAAGAUCAGUGGCCGAGGAGGUUUAAAGUGGAUCGUAACUGGCUUGUCGUUAACAGCACUUCCAAACACUUUGAUUCUGGGAAUCCCUCUCAUGAAAGCUAUGUAUAAGGGUGAAGCUGUUGUUCUCCUGGCACAGGUUAUUUUCUUGCAGAGCAUGAUCUGGUACAAUUUGCUUUUGUUUCUUUAUGAACUUGAUGCUGUCAAGACCAGGCCUGUACCACCAUCACAAGGAUCAGGAGAAACGGAGACAGCCCAUGAAGUACAAGCUAAAAGAGAGGAAGACAACGAACCUAGAACAAAAAGGAGGAUGAAGGUCUUACCCAUUCUUCUCACAGUGGGAAAGAAGCUAAUCAGAAAUCCUAAUACAUAUGCAACAUUAAUGGGUUUUAUUUGGUCAAGCAUACGGUUCAGGUGGGGAUUACAUAUGCCUGAAGUUGUUAGUCAGUCAAUAGAAAUAUUGUCCAACGGAGGUCUUGGUAUGGCAAUGUUCAGUUUAGGUCUGUUUAUGGCAUCUCAGUCGAGCAUUAUAGCAUGUGGGCCAAGGAUGGCAAUGGUGGCAAUAGGACUGAAAGUUGUGGUUGGACCUGCCCUUAUGGCUUUGGCUUCCCUUGUGAUUGGAUUAAGAGACACAUUGUUUAAAGUGGCAGUUGUUCAGGCAGCUCUACCCCAAGGAAUUGUUCCUUUUGUUUUUGCCAAAGAGUAUGAUGUCCAUCCAGCAGUUUUAAGCACUGCGAUCUUGUUAGGAAUGCUCAUUGCCUUGCCGGUGGAAUUGGCCUUCUAUUUUCUAUUAGCAAUUUGAAGAGCAGUUAAAUAUAUAUAUAUGCUAUAGAAACAAGAAUAACCAGCAUUACAUUGCUGAAA